AAAGGUCAUCAAAAGAAGUGUCUCUCAAAUCCAAUUUUGUAGAUUCUCUUGCUUUUAUUUAAUUUUAACUCAUUACUACAGCAUACAUACAUAGUACAUAUCUGCAUUAGACACGGCUUCCACACUAACCAGAACUAGAAGACUAAAAUCUUCUCUCUUCCUUCCCUCCCCCUUUCCCAUCCAUGCCUGAGUUUCUUUCUCUCUUUCUUUUGCAGUGAACCAUGUGGCCAUCAUCCAGUAGAAACAACAAUAGCAGUACUUCACCUUCAAAAUCAAAAUCAUCUUCCUCUACUUCCUCAUCUCCAGCACCUUUCUCUCCAUCAUCUUCUUCUGCAACCAAAACGACCAUGGAGGAAGUUUGGAGGGAUAUCAGUUUGUCUUCUCUAAAUGACCACUCUAACUCAACCCUCACCAACACAAAUAGCAACCACAACAACAACAACCAGCACUCAAACUAUCCCAGUUUGAUUCUUCAAGACUUCUUGGCCAGACCCUUCUUCAACAAUGAUCCACCGGCCAGAGCUAGAGGUCCCUCAGCUGAACCAACUUUUCCUUCUUUGAAGCCGCCUCUUGCCACCAUGUUGAGCUUGAAUUCUGGUUCUGGUUCAGAUGUUCAGGGUAUUGAACCCAGUGCUCCGGAUCCUGGAAGGCCAAACCAACAGUUAAAUGGUCAUAUGAAUUUUGGUACUCGCUCUUUUGGUUGUUCUCACAACACUGUUUUGGAUGCUAUGGAUUCUCCGACUGUGUUCCCUCCAUAUUGCAAGAAAAGGCUCUCGGAAAAUGAUGAUUAUUCUGACGAUCGGCGACAUAAACGCAUGAUCAAGAACAGAGAGUCAGCCGCUCGUUCUAGAGCUAGAAAACAGGCCUACACAAAUGAAUUGGAACUUGAAGUUGCCCAUUUGGUGGAAGAAAAUGCCAAGCUGAAAAGGCAGCAAGAGAAGUUAUUGGCAGCUUCUGCCCAGCUUCCAAAAAAGAACACACUCCAUAGAACCUCAACUGCACCAUUUUGAGAAAGAUCUUCAUCAAGCGGCUACAAAAGAAGGAUACAGGUUAGGUUGAUGAUCCCAAGCUGCAAGACUAAUGGCGGGAAUUUUGGAACUAUUUGUGUCUAAGCCUGCCUAGCUAGAAUCCUUGUCUUUUUGCCUAUGUUGUUUUUUCAUGAGGUGCUGGUGAAGCAGCUGGUGCUGAUGAUAUGAAAAUAUGAUAAUUUAGUGAUGGAAAAAGCAUUUGCUAGCCAUUAUGUUUGCCUCUGUAAAGUUGUGCAGUAUAAAGAUGGGACAUGUAUGGCAAUGAAUUUACGUCAA